AUCAAGCUGUUUGGGAUACGCAAAACAACGACUUUUCGUAGGCCCGAUACAAUGAAAUUUUAUAAAUAGGUUUAGAUUCUCUUGAAUCUUUGCACACACCGACAUCAAACACAGUUUGGUGUUCAAAACCGCCACAAGUCCCCCAGUUCUGAUUCUUCGGACUCUGUCUGUUCUUCUUAUAUAGAAUUUUCUUCUGUUUAUCAGACUGCAUCCAAGAGAUCAGCAAGCUCCAUUAAUUUAUCACGAAGAAAUCAUUUAGCAGAUCUUUUUUAAGAGAUCAACUUUGUAUGCACGCUGCACUAACACUAGACUGCAAGAUGGGCGCUAGAGGCUGCUAUUAGUAUUGCUGCAAUCAAAUCAACUAUAUUGUGUAAUUCAUGUUCUUGUCUUUGAUUCAACGCCAGCAUUAUUUUUCUUUUUUGGAAGAACUAUAGAUGCAACCCCAGGCCCCAAUAUUCAAGAAAUUUUAUGAGACAUUGGGGGAAACUGAAUAAUUUCAAGUUACCACUAGUGAUUCAAGAAGACCCAACAUAGCAGGAAGGAAAUCAGGCACUAGUGAUCUGAAAAAUUUGCGGGAUUCAAUGGCGUCAAAUGCUACCAAAAUUGUUUGUCCGCCUCCAAUGAAGGCAACAUCUAAUGGAGCAUUCCAAGGGGACAGUCCACUAGAUUUUGCGGUUCCUCUUCUCAUCUUGCAGAUAUGCCUUGUGCUUGUUCUCACUCGGUUUCUAGCUUAUCUUCUAAAGCCACUAAAACAGCCUCGCGUGAUUGCUGAGAUCAUUGGUGGUAUAUUGCUCGGGCCUUCAGCUCUAGGUCGUAACAAGACAUACCUGGAUAAAGUUUUUCCUAAACGAAGCCUUACAGUUUUAGACACUUUAGCCAACAUCGGUCUCAUCUUCUUUUUAUUCUUAGUUGGUUUAGAAAUGGACCCAAAGUCCCUUUCUAAGACUGGAAAACGAAUACUCAGUAUUUCUCUUGCUGGAAUUACCGUACCAUUUGCUUUAGGAAUUGGGACAUCUUUUGUCCUUCGGAAUACAAUAUCGAAAGAUGUUGACGGUCUGGCAUUUAUUGUAUUCAUGGGUGUAGCCUAUUCAAUUACUGCCUUCCCUGUCUUGGCCCGUAUUCUUGCCGAGCUCAAACUCCUCACAACGGAUGUUGGCAGGAUGGCUAUGUCGGCUGCUGCAGUAGACGACGUGACUGCCUGGAUCCUGCUUGCUAUAGCUGUUGCUCUUUCUGGCUCAGGUCAUUCCCCGAUUGUUGCUCUUUGGGUUCUUUUAUGUGGCUGUGGAUUUGUUGUGGGAGCAGUUCUCAUAUUCCGACCACUCUUUGAAUGGAUGGCUAAACGAACCCAAGAAGGUGAACCUGUUGGAGAAACUUACAUUUGCGCCACCUUAGGUGCUGUUCUUGCAGCUGCAUUUAUGACCGACCUUAUUGGUAUCCAUGCUCUCUUUGGUGCCUUUGUCCUUGGAGUUCUUGUGCCAAAAGAAGGGCCGUUAGGUAUAGCGCUUGUUGAAAAGGUUGAAGAUUUGGUAUCUGGCCUCUUCCUUCCGUUGUAUUUUGCUUCAAGUGGUUUGAAAACUAACGUGGCCACAAUUAAAGGGCUUCAAUCAUGGGGUCUUCUUGUCUUGGUCAUAUUCACAGCUUGCUUCGGGAAACUUGUUGGCGUUGUCGGGGUGUCCCGUGCUUGUAAGGUCCCUUGGCGUGAGUCGUUUACUUUGGGUGUUCUUAUGAACAGUAAAGGUUUGGUGGAACUCAUCGUCCUUAACAUUGGUAAAGACCGAAAGGUUUUGAACGAUCAAACUUUUGCCAUCAUGGUUUUGAUGGCUCUUUUCACAACCUUCAUCACAACGCCUAUAGUUAUGAUUAUUUAUAAACCAUCAAAAAGGGUAGGCCUGGCGGAGGCUGAUUACAAGAACAAAACAAUAGAGAGCAUAGAUGGUAGUUCCCAGUUUCGGAUUUUGGCAUGCUUUCAUAGUACCAAGAAUAUCCCAACAAUGAUAAAUCUCAUCGAGGCCUCUCGAGGUAGUGGAAGACCAGAAGGUUUAUGUGUUUAUGCAUUGCACUUAACAGAAUUGUCAGAGAGAUCAUCUGCAAUUCUACUGGUACACAAGGCCCGAAAAGAUGGAUUACCAUUUUGGAAUAAGGGGAGAAAAGACUCAGACCAAAUUGUCGUCGCCUUUCAGACUUUCGAGCAGUUGAGUCAUGUCUCUGUAAGACCAUUGACAUCCAUUUCUGCAAUGUCGAGUAUGCAUGAGGAUAUCUGUACUAGUGCUGAAAGAAAGAAAGCUGCAAUUAUUAUCCUCCCAUUUCACAAGCACCAAAGGAUAGAUGGGGCCCUUGAAACUACACGAACAGAUCUUCGGUGGGUAAACCACAAGGUUCUUCAAAAUGCACCAUGCUCGGUAGGAAUCCUCGUUGACCGUAGCCUUGGAGGGGUCUCUCAAGUAUCUGCAAGUGAUGUUUCUUCUUCCAUUACUGUUAUAUUCUUUGGGGGUCGUGACGACCGUGAGGCACUUGCUUAUGCUAUUCGCACGGCCGAGCAUCCAGGUAUCAAAUUAGCAGUCAUCCACAUCACAAUGCAGCUUGAAUCCAGUGGAGAUAUUGCUGUUAUUGAAAUGAGCGGGGAAAGUCCUGUUGAAAGCCAUUUAUUCGAUGAGAAAGUCUUGUCUGAGUUCGAAAAGAAGAUCUCCCAGAACCCUUCCCUAAAAUAUGAGAAGAGAUUGCUUAGCAAUUCUGAGGAAGUUUUAGCUGUUGUUCAGGAAUUCAGUAAAUGCAGUCUAUUUUUAGUUGGUCGCAUGCCAACUGGUGUUGCGCAACAUGUGCUAAAUGGAAGGAGCGAUUGUCCAGAACUUGGUCCAAUUGGAAACUUAUUAGUUUCACCAGAUCUUUCAACAACGGCUUCGGUUUUAGUUGUUCAACAAUAUUACAACCAGCCACCUUCAGAUUUAGCUGUUGUUUAUCCAGAAGAUUUAGACUCCAAGUAGUUGUUGAUUCUCAACUACAGGAACUAAGCAACCCUCGCUAUCACCAUAUGCGGUUGGAUGUUUUCUUAAAAGUUUUAUGUUUUUUUUUCCCUGUGUGUUAUUGCAACUUACUUCUGUUGUCAAAUUUCAUGAACUGUACAUGUAUUUAUGAAAUUGGUGUGUGUCGGUGAAUUAUUCAACCUUUCACA